AUGGAGCUGAGCGGAGUAGCCGUGGCCCUGGGGCCCACCGGCCAGCUGCUCUUAUUCCUGUGCUUCAAGACCCUGGCUGCCCAGACUGCAGACACCUGCCCAGAGGUGAAGCUGGUGGGUCUGGAGGGUUCCGACAAGCUCUCCAUCCUUCGAGGCUGCCCGGGGCUGCCCGGACCCGCAGGGCCCAAGGGAGAGGCAGGCGCCAGUGGACAGAAGGGGGAACGAGGUUCUCCCGGAGUCCCUGGGAAGGCAGGACCGACCGGGCCCAAAGGUACCAAAGGAGACCGAGGGGAAAAGGGCGCGGGCGGAGAGAAAGGAGAGCCGGGGCAGCUUCAUUCCUGUGCCACAGGACCUCGGACCUGUAAGGAGCUGCUCACCAGGGGGCACUUUCUGAGCGGCUGGCACACCAUCUACCUGCCCGACUGCCGGCCCCUGACCGUGCUGUGUGACAUGGACGUGGACGGCGGGGGGUGGACCGUUUUCCAGCGAAGGAGUGACGGCUCCGUGGACUUCUACCGGGACUGGACCGCGUACAAGCAGGGCUUCGGCAGUCAGCUGGGAGAGUUCUGGCUGGGGAAUGACAACAUCCACGCCCUGACGGCCCAGGGCAGAGGGUCCCUUCUGCUGGGACCUGAGCUCCCACCUCCAACAGGAAGCAGCGAGCUCCGGGUAGACCUCAUGGACUUUGAGGGCAACCACCGAUUUGCCAAGUACCAGUCAUUCAAGAUGGCGGGUGAGGCAGAGAAGUACAAGCUGGUCCUGGGAGCCUUUGUCGAGGGCAGCGCAGGUGAUUCCCUGACGCCCCACAAAGACCAUUUCUUCUCCACCAAAGACCAAGACAACGACCAGAGUUCCUCUAACUGUGCGGUGCAGUACCAGGGGGCCUGGUGGUACAACAGUUGUCACUCGUCCAACCUGAAUGGCCGCUACCUCGGGGGGCCGCACACGAGCUAUGCCAAUGGUGUCAACUGGAGGUCGUGGAGAGGGUACAACUACAGCUACAAGGCAUCCACGAUGAAGGUGCGGCUCACCUAGGUGGGCGGGAGCCCAACCCGCCGCCUCCCCGCCCCGCUGCCUGCGGCCUCCCAAAGCCUCGCUCGGUCCCCAGCAAAGACCAGCACACAUGCUCCCGCCGCCCCUUUGCUGGACAAGACCUGCUCGUCCAGCCCCUUCU